GUAUUACCAGCUGCAAGCAAAACGGCCACACCAAAGGCAACAUGACACUAACUGAAUUUAUUUCGCCGAAGGAUUUAUUAAAAACCUUACUAAAUAACUGCAGUUGUGUACAAAAAGGUCAAUUUAUAGAUAGAAAAGAUAAAAGAAAGACCCUUUCGGUCGGAAAACAGUGCGAAAGCAAUUGGUUCAGGGAUAAGAAUACGUUAUUUACAUACCAUUUUACUCUUCAAUGCACUGAAAAGAGUGGUGUCACAGCAGUAUGUUUUCGUUGGGGUUGCAACCCUGGUAGCAAAACAAAUGAUUCACAAACGAAUUGAUUUUGUUGCCGGCUGUGGGUUUAAAACUCAAUAAAGAAGUUAAGCAGCCAUGUCGAAUCCCGUGGAGGAGUGCAAAGAUGAGGACCUGCCCGCAAAUACGCUGGAGCACUUCAGCGAACUGCAGCAGGUGGUGGAGAUGAUCGAAAACAUAAAAUCCAUUGCCGCUAGCACCUUUGAAAGAGAGUUCGAGCAGUACGCCCAGGUUUUGUCCAGAUAUCAGGAGCAGCCCCACCUGCUGGAUCCACAUUUGGAGGAGUUGCUCGGCAAACUGCUCCACAAGAUUCGGAACCCAAAUCUGGACACGGGAGAACUCCAUGCCGCCUUCAAAUAUCUCUACAUCAUCUGUAAAGUUCGCACCUAUAAGGUCCUGGUGAAGUUUAUGCCACACGAACUGAGCGAUCUUGAGUUUGUCCUGGAUCUGCUGGGUAAGCAGAAUCCCAAGGAGUUCGAGCAGUGGGAAACGCGCUAUAUACUGCUCUUGUGGAUGUCUAUCCUGGUUUUGAAUCCCUUUCACAUGUCGAGACUAGAUGCCUAUGACACUUCGCCUUCAGCUCCCACCACCAAUUGCAGUCCCGUGAACCAUGUCCAGCCGAAGAACACCAAGAUGGAUCGCAUCUUUGAGCUGAUCCAGCUUUAUGUGUCCUCCAACGACACCUGCAGCAGCAUGGCUGCAUUCCUGGCCGCCAAGUAUUUCAUUCGCAGUGACAUCAAGGAUCUAUAUCUGGAGCGUUUUCUGGAGUGGAUCAUGAAGCAGCACCAAGCGGACACGGUGGAUGUCAAGUUCGGCCAGCUGGCUGCAGUGGCUGCUAUUUUAAAGCACGGAAAGCGGGAGGACCUUCUGCCCUAUGCGGAUAAACUUCUUCAGUGGAUCACUUCCUGUCAGUACAAGGAUGACAAUGACUUCCUAAAGUACAAGAAUUAUGUAAAAAUCGUCCAGAGAAUUGGAUUGGUUCAUUUGAAGCCACGUAUUGCCAGCUGGCGGUAUAAAAGAGGUACUCGUUCACUGGCCACCAAUUUAAACCAGACAACGGCAGCACGAGGUGAACCAGCUGUUUUGGAGCCAUCGCUAGAGGAAGGCGAGGAAAUAGUUGUACCCGAUGCUAUAGAAGAGGUGAUUGAGGAGCUGCUCCAGGCACUGCGUAGCGGAGGAAACGAUAUACGCUGGAGUGCCGCCAAAGGAUUAGGCAGAGUCACCAAUCGCCUGCCCAAGGAGCUGGCCGAUGAGGUUAUAGGCUCAGUGAUUGAUAUACUUAACCCACUGGAACCCCACGAGGCCUGGCACGGUGCGUGCCUGGCUUUGGCAGAACUGGCCAAAAGGGGAUUGUUGCUGCCACAUCGAUUGGAGGAACUGGUUCCUCUGCUUAUGCAGGCGCUCUUCUACGAUGAGAUGAAGGGCUACAUGUCGGUGGGCCAGCACAUCCGAGAUUCAGCCUGCUAUAUGUGCUGGGCAUUUGCCAGGGCUUACAAUCCGGAUGAUGUGAAACCCUUUGUGCACAAAAUCUCAUCUGGCUUGCUGACCGUUGCAGUGUUUGAUCGCGAGGUGAACUGCAGGCGGGCUGCCUCUGCCGCUUUUCAGGAAAGUGUUGGACGCUUGGGAAACUUUCCCUUCGGAAUCGAGAUCUCCACCACAACAGACUUCUAUUCCGUUGGCAUCCGGCAGAAUUCCUACCUAAACAUCAGUGACUACAUUGCACAGUUUGAAGUGUACAGAGAACCAUUGAUUAAUCAUCUGGUACAGCAUAAGGUAAACCAUUGGGACCCGGCUAUAAGGGAGCUGACAGCCAAAGCCCUGCACAAACUCUCCCUUUGGGAGCCCGAGUACAUGGCCGCUGUGGUGCUCCCUCAACUGCUGGCCAAAACUGACACCAUCGAUAUUAACUGCCGGCAUGGCUGUGUCUUGGCCAUGGGAGAAAUAACACUGGCCCUGCGCAAGCUGGAGGAAAAGAGUGAUCCCCAAGUGGUUUACCUGUCCAACCAAAGGGUUGUGGAGCUCAAUGAGUUAAUAACCACGUUCCUAGACAAAAACUGCUAUCGCGGAAUGAGCGGAGAGCUGAUGAAAUCCUGCACGAGCAACUACAUCAAGAACUGCAGUCAGGCCAAGUUGCAGACUACGCCGGAGUGCUUGGCUUCCUGGCAGAAUGUCAUCGACUCCUGUCUGGUCACCAAGUCAAACUCCAUUCGAGAGUGCGCUGUAGAGGCGUUCGGCGAACUCAGUGCCACCUAUUACUGCUCGGAUUCCAGACACCAGGAAAACGAAGCCAUAAUCAGUGCUUAUCUAAGGGGAGCAGAGAACGAUUUGGAGGAGCACAUUCGGAUGGGCUACAUUGCUGCUCUGGGUGUGCUCCCCUCCCUUAUGAUCCGUACUCACCUGCCAGCUAUAAUGGACAGUCUAGUGAAGCACUGCCUAACUCCACUGCAAGCGGUUCUGGUGGGUGAAAUGGGUGACCGCGAGAACAUCCAGACAUACAGGUGGAGUGAGGCACGGACACAGAGCGUGAGGGCCUUGACCAAGUUGGUGAAGACCGUGGGAUAUGGAGGGGGAAUUGACUCAUUUGCUGAGACGAAAAACUUUAACAAGGUUAUCGAAUGCCUGUUGAAAGCUUUGGAAGAGUACACCCUGGACAACCGUGGUGACAUUGGAGCAUGGGUGAGGGAGGCGGCCAUGUCAUCGCUCUACGAAAUCGUCACUACGUGUCCGCCUGAUCUCCUCGCCCAAGAGCAAGUCCACAAGAUUGUUGUGGGCUUUAUGCAGCAGGCGGUGGAGAAGAUCGAUCGCACUCGUGGACUAGGAGGUCGUCUUUGUUGCCAACUGAUCCAUCAUCAGCCCAGGAUCCCCCACAUACGGGAGCAUUCAAAACUAUUGGAAAUAUUGCCCGCCGAUGCGGAUUCCGUGCUUUGGCUAUUUGCUGAUCACACAUUCCCUUUGUUCUGUGAGCUUCUCGCUCUGCCGGAUUACUCUAAAAGAGUUCUUCUGGGCCUCAGUGCCAGCAUUGGUCAACUAACUGAAUCUCUUAUCAAGUAUGCCUCCAGUGCCUUAUUCCACUUCUUGCGUUCCAAUCCUGAGACUGUUCCACGACUCUGCUCUGAGGUUGUGCAGAUCUUCGAGGAGCACCUGCUGAACGAGCGUGUGACCUAUCCUCUGCUCAGUUUCUUAGAUAUACUCAUUGGAUCCGGAACUGUGGAAUCGGUUCUACAUGAUGAAGCAAAUCCCUUUGCAGAGGAUAUCUUUAAGCUGCUGAACCUGGAGGUUAAGGGCUACAAGAAGCUGUAUAAGACUGCUACCAGCAUCAGUGCUUUUUGCCAGUUGCUCCAGGUUCCUCGUUUGUCCAGACGCAUCCUCUCCAAGCUCUCAGUAUUCCUUGGACUGCAGCAUGUCCACGUUCGCAAAACCGCUGCCACAAAAUUGUACGAAGCGUUGGCGCUACACGGCGAUGUCACCGAAGUGCCCGAGGAGAAUAUGGAUGAAAUCCUGACCCUGCUCUCGGAAACGGACUGGACAUUGCCGCUGGUGGAGGUGCGUCCGCUGAGGAAUCAGUUGUGCCAACUAAUGGACAUCAAGCCUCCCGUAAGUGGAGCAGCUGCAGCAGCCGCUUUGCAGCAAGCGAAUGCUGAUAAAUAAAUGUUCGGCAUUGCAAGCUAGGCUUGCCCAUAUGUAUUUAAUA